AUGGAUCAGUAUUCCGUGGAAGUGAAGAGCAGGUUCUCUUUGUUCUUGGAUGACUCCUUGAAUAACGAGGACCCAGACCUGUUGCUUUCGAAACUUCAGAGUAAGCGCACCGAGAAGAGCAAAAAAGACAAACAACACACUGUCCAUGCGCCUGAGCCAGAAAAAUUAGAGCCGGCUCCUAAGGAGGAACCAAAACCGGAAGCACAGACGAAAGAGGUUGUUGAGGGCAAUCAUGUCGACGCGGUUCCCAGAGAAUUGCCAGAGGCACAUCCGGCACCACAAAUCCAAGGGCGCGGUGGCCCUCGAGGCUAUAGCCGCGGAUUCCGGGGUGGCCGCGGGUUUGGUCCCCGGCCAAAUCCACCAGAAUGGUCUCAAGAGCCCCAAGGCGAUCUGAACGUUGAGCCAAGUGGCAACAGGGAUGUUCCGUAUGAGCCACGGGGACGCGGGAGGGGUCGUGGGUUCGGAAGAGGUCGAGGUCGAGGAUCGGCCUACACGGAUUACCGAGAAUUUGACCGGGGGGGCAUGAGACCGCGUGGUCGCGGUGGUUACUCUGGUGGUCCUCGUGGUGCACCGGAAGAAGAGGCCAACACCCCAAUUGCUGAGGGUGGUGACGGUGCGCCGCCAGAAGUUGAGAUGACUGAGACUCCAGUAGAGACCGAAGAAAAUGGUGUCGAUGCGGAGGCCCAGGAAGCCGUUGAAGAAGAGCCGAAGAGUUAUACACUUGAGGAAUAUAAAGCAAUGAAGUCGUCUGCCAAGCCGGCUGUUACUCUGAGCACUAAAGGAGCACGCAAGGCCAAUGAUGGCAAAGACGUUUUUGCCAACAUGGUUGCGCAUCGCAAGCUGAAUGAAGUUUCAGACGAAGAAGUUGAAGAAGUCGAAAAGGAACCUGAGGAACCUCAACCGUUCGAUAUUGACGUAUCGUUCACUGACCGUUUUGGGGAACGCGGUAGAGGCUCCCGUGGAUUCAAUAAUCGUGGUUUUGAUCGUGGUCGUGGAACAAACUUCCGCGGUCGUCCACGUGGUGGGCGAGGCGACGCUAUGACCUUCUUGAAGUUAGAAAUGGCUGCACUGGAGUACGCAGACGACGUGAUCGUCGCGCCGAUGCGAUAUGUGGAUGUGUUCAGUAAGUGCUCUACGAGGGGUUUAUGA